UCGUAAAAUCGUACCAAAAUUGGGAUUUUGAUCGUAUGAGAACAAAAUAGGUGGUUUGAGCCAAUUUAAAAGAAGCAUAACUGUUUCGGUGGAAAGGGCAAUGAUUGGAAUCUUCUCAGAUAUUUUUUCUGUUAGAAAACUAUUUAAAAUAAUAAAAAUAAUCAAAUUACGGCUUGGUUAAUCCCUUUCCCUUCACCUCAUUUAACUUAUUGGUAAAAAAAUUGUCCUAAUAUUGGAAGUAUGUAAGAAUUAACAUCAUCAUUAACUAAUUAAUUUAUUAAUGAAUAUAUUUGUACCAAGCCACUUGCAUUACUUAUUUUAGUAGAGUUAAAUUAUUUUUAGUUUUAAAUCAUACCUAGUAGACGAUGUCGGAAUAUUACUUUGAGUUAAACUAUCUAGACACAACAUGAAAACAAGAGCCAAACCUCAUAAGCUCUAUCCCUUCAUCACGAAUUAUUUUGAGUUACACAUUAAAUUAUAAUUAAAAUAGUGACUUUGGACCAUUAAUCUUGAGAAUUAUCUCCUAUAAAAAAAUCUUGAGAAUUAACAUUUUAAAUGUUAUGUGUCUUUGUGUUAUUAAUGAUUUAUAUGAUUAAUAUUAUUAUAUGUUAUGUUAUAUAUGGUACUUAAAAUCCUACGAUUUUAUGAUUCAAUUUUACGAUUUCAAUUUUAUCACAAUUUUCACUUUAGGUAAUAUUCCAAUUUUGAUUGCUUUGGUUAUUAUCACUAGGUUUGUUGAUGUUGCCUUGCCACCAUCUCUCAUCAUCUACACCUACCCUUACCCACCAUAUCAUACUGAACUUUUUAUAAUUCUCACAAGACACAAAUUGCCUCUUGGAAACACAAACAUAGGAAAAGCAAAAACAUUUCACAAAGGAUAAUCCCCAUAAAUAGAGAUGGCAAUGGGUCGGGUUGGGGAUGGAUAGUAUAUCCGUUACCCUACUCAAAAUAGUUCGGGUUUUACCCAUACCUAUAUCCAUAUGUAAAAUAGGUAAAAAAUAAAAAUCAUGCCCAUACGGCCAUACCCGUUCGGGUUUCGGGUGUCCACGGUUAUCCAUGGAUAAUAAUUCUCUUCAUAACUCUGACAAAUAUGUUAACAUUCACACGUAUUCUCAUAUUACGUAAGAGGAAAAGUACGACAAUAAUUCACUAAAAUUAAGAAAAUUAAUUAAAAAACAAAAUUUCAUGAAAAUAUUAUAUUUAUAUGCUAAACUAAAUAUAAAAUAUGUUAGAGAAAAAUAAUGAUUAUUUCUAGACAAAAUACAUGUGCAUGUGUAUACUCGGACGGGUUUGGGUUGAAUAGUGAGAAACCCAUGCCCACCCAUUACACACAAUUUUUGGGUUCGGGUUUAAUCCGUACCCACUAAAUAUCAUUCGGGUUUGAGUUUUACCCUACCCGAUUAAACCGGAUUCAAGCGGACAUCCACAAUUACGGAUAUUUUUGUCAUCCUACCCAUAAGUAGGAUUUUUUAUUAGUUAGAUUUUUUAUUUAUUUUGAGCUCCCUAUUUAAUGGUGGUCCACUCCCAAUAUAGAACCUUUGGUAGACAUGGUUCAGGAUCAGGUCAGGGCCAAUCCAUUGGAAUUUACCACUUUACCCCUCAAAUCCCAACCAAAUUCUUUGGCGGUUUGUUGCCCUAGAAAGGCUUAGAUAACCCAUAAGUAAGGGCUAAGCAUGCUAUUAGAUCCAAUGGAAAUGGAUCUAAUUAAUGGGGUCUCUCACUAUUUUCCUGCGCCAUUUAAUUAACGGGUAAUUUGCUUCAUGGAUUUGAAAAAUGAGGGUUUUGGUAAAACUUGGGUUUUGGAAAACCAUGGAUAUAUGAUGGAUUUGGUGGCAUUAUGGAUUUGAACAAGUCUAUUGUUUGCUUGAUGGAUUUGAUUAUGGAUUUUGUUUGAUUAGAUUUGUGGAUAUUAAAUACAAAUUACCUAGUUACCCUUAUUUAAUUGUAUUUCUAUAUUAUAAUCCAAAUAUUUCAUUUAAAACUAAUCCAAAACAUAGAAAAAAAUUUUAAACUCUUUACCACUUUGUGGAUUAAUAAUUCAACUACAAAUAUAGAAAUGUAUUACAAUUUGGCACUAAUUAACAAGUCAUCUAAUAAUGUACGCAAUAUUAUGUAUCAAUUGCAGCCAAUUGCUCGCUUUAUUGCUACAACUCAUCAUCUUCUUGCUAACUCACCGAUGUGGAAUCCGACAAUCAUAGUUAGUAAAUACUCCGUUUAAUACACGUAUAUGUACCCGUACGUACUUUAUUCGUUUAAACUUCCGUAUCCAUAUUUUUGUUAAGCCAUUUCAUUUUUGUCCGUUCAUUUGGUGGCUCUCGUACUAAACACGUAUAAAAUCCGUAUAACACGUUUUAUAUCCGUAUUUAAUAAAAUAAAUUGUUAACUUUACUAUUAUUUAUAUAUUUAUUUAUUUUAAAAAAUAAUUUAUUAUAUAUAUUUAUGACUAUUAACGUACUAUUAAACGUAACAUUAGCUUAGAAAUGAUGUAAAAUACCCGUACGUAUUAUAUUCGUAACUUUCCCGUACCGUAUUUUACUAACUUUCUAGGUGAAUCUAACAAAUCACAUAUACAUUCAUAUUUAAAUAAAAUACGAUAUUACAAAAUGAAAUGAUAAAUACUCAUAUUUAUAAAAUACGAAAUUAUAAAAGUUUACAGUUGCAUGACCAUUGAAUUAAAGUAGGACAAAUUUGCAAUUAAAGAAAUAAUUAAGGGUAGAAAGGUAAUUUACCAUCAUGGAUUUUAAUCCAUCACCCAAAUUCCACCUCAAGAGGUGGAACUUCCAAGUCCGUGGGGUCCACGGAUUUGGAACCCCAAAAUAGGUGGGCCCCACAAAUUCCAUAUCCCUAAUUCCCUAAGGCAAACGAUGGAUUUCGGUUCAAGUCCAUGAUGAAUAUAUUUCCAUGACCAAAUCCAUCGCCAAAACCAUCAAGCAAACGAACCGUAAAUACCUAUAAAGCUUCGGUCUUUGACUUCCAUCAUCCGUUUGAGAAAACCUCCCCAGCGCCUAUUGUCAGCCCUCAGAGCUCGGGUGAAAACAGCUCGUUUCAUAGUCAAUAGGGGAGAAACCCAGAAGAAAGAUUUGUUGCUCUGCUUUCCAAACACAAGAGACCAGAGGAAAAAGUUGCGAACUUUUCCUAUCUGAUUAAAGAAGAAAAGAGAAAGAUUGUUGGACUCUCGUUGGCCGGGGAAUGAAUGGCUGCUCCGUUGACCAUGUGGGACGGCGUUCUGGAGAUAACCCAGAUGGCGCAAGCCAAGGUCGGCGAUCCUCUGCUAUGGGCUCUGCAAAUAUCUUCCAAUUUGAGCUCCUGUGGCAUCUCCUUGCCUUCCCCUGAGCUCGCCAAUGUGUUGGUUUCUUACAUUUGUUGGGACAACAACGUUCCCAUUAUGUGGAAGUUCCUCGAGAAGGCUUUGGUUCUCAAGAUUGUUCCUCCAUACUUGAUUCUUGCUCUGCUCUCGGAUAGAGUUAUUCCAUGCCGACGCUCAAAGCCGGUGGCGUAUAGACUAUACAUGGAGCUCCUGAGAAGGCAUUCUUUUGAGCUGAAGGGUCAAAUAAAUGGCCCAAAUCAUGAGAAGGUCAUGAAAUCGAUAGAUGGAGUUCUUCACCUUUCCGAGAUUUUUGGUCUAGAAGCAAGUGAUCCGGGGAUCCUUGUGGUUGAGUUCCUCUAUGCAACUGUGUGGCAGUUGCUAGAUGCGUCUUUGGAUGAUGAAGGAUUGCUUGAACUUACAUCAGAUAAAAAGUCCAUGUGGCCAAUAAAGCCUCAAGAUAUGGAAAUAGAUGGUCAUGAAAUUUUUGAUGAGAUAAGAAUGGCACACAAUGAGAAGUUGCAUAACUUGAAUACAGUCAUGGCAGUUGAGUUGAUCGGAAGAUUUCUUCAGGACAAAAAGACUUCCAAGAUUCUUUACCUGGCACGUCACAACUUGCCCGCUCAUUGGCCAAGAUUUAUUGAGAGAUUGCAGCUACUUGGAGCAAAUGCAUCCGCUCUAAAGAGUUCGAAAGUUUUAACUUCAGAGGAUCUUUUGCGUCUGGCUUCAGAUAAGUGCACGGUUCUCACUCAUGAACCAAAACAGAACUUGCUGCAGAAUUUCCAUGCUGUUACUGGUUUAAUGUCUCCGCUAGUGACAUCCUCUGCUGUUCUGAGCGAUGGAGGCAGCAGUAUUUCUUCUCUUUGGCUUCCUCUUGAUCUUGCACUGGAAGAUGCCAUGGAUGGUUAUCAAGUCAAUGCUACAAGUUCUAUUGAGAUUGUAACAGGUUUGGUGAAAUCGCUUCAAGCUAUGAAUGGCACCACAUGGCAUGAUACCUUUGUAGGACUUUGGAUUGCUGCUCUCCGCCUUGUUCAGAGGGAAAGGGAUCCAAUUGAAGGUCCCGUUCCUCGCUUGGAUACACGUUUGUGCAUGCUUCUAUCCAUUAUACCUCUUGUGGUUGCUGAGCUCAUUGAGGAAGAGAAAAGUGUGGAUAUCAAUGAACUGAAAAAUGAUUCCUCAAAGGUUCCAGGAAGCCGUCGCAAUGAUGUGGUCUCCAGCAUAAAGUUAUUGGGUGACUACCACAGUUUGCUGAGUCCACCUCAUUCAGUUUUGUCACUGGCCAAUCAGGCUGCUGCGAAGGCUAUGUUACUCGUUUCAGGCAUCAGUGUUGGGAGUGCAUACCUUGAUUGUCUCAGCAUGAAUGAGAUGCCUGUCAAGUGUUCUGGAAACAUGCGCCAUCUGCUUGUUGAGGCUUGUAUAGCAAGAAAUCUGUUGGAUACAUCAGCAUAUUUUUGGCCUGGGUAUGUGAAUGGUCACAUUAACCAUAUACCUAAUGCCCCACCUCAGAUGCCUGGUUGGUCUGCAUUCUUGAAGGGUGCCCCUCUUACUCCAAUCAUGAUCAAUGCUAUGGUUUCAACACCAGCUUCAAGUUUAGCAGAGCUGGAGAAAGUAUUUGAGCUAGCAGUUAAAGGAUCAGACGAUGAGAAGAUUUCAGCUGCUACUAUUCUCUGUGGUGCUUCUCUUCUUCGUGGUUGGAACAUACAGGAAUACACUGCUCAGUUCAUUACCAGAUUACUCUCUCCCCCUAUGCCUGCAGAUUAUUCAGGGGAUGAAAGCCAUUUGAUAAGCAUUGCUCUUAUCUUGAAUGUACUAAUUGUUGGCAUAGCACCAGUUGAUUGUGUUCAGGUUUUCUCGCUACAUGGCUUGAUUCCACAGCUCGCUUGCUCAUUGAUGCCAAUCUGCGAGGUUUUCGGAUCAUGUGUUCCGGAUGUGUCAUGGAAGCUCCCCACUGGAGAUGAAAUCUCUGCCCAUGCUGUGUUCUCAAAUGCAUUUGCUGUUCUUUUGAAGCUAUGGAGAUUCAACCAUCCCCCUCUCGAACAUGGCGUUGGAGAUGUCCCAACAGUCGGAUCUCAGCUAACUCCUGAAUAUCUUCUGCUGGUAAGAAACUCCUACCUUCCCUCCUCUGGAAUAGUCCUCAACGAUCAAACCAAACGGAGACUUUCAGAGGUGGCGACUUCAUCUUCUCCACACCCAGUGUUUUUGGAUUCAUUUCCAAAACUCAAGUGCUGGUAUAGGCAACACCAGAAGUGCAUAGCUUCAGCCCUCUCUGGUCUUGUUGAGGGAACUCCAGUUCACCAGACUGUGAAUCUCCUUCUUACCAUGAUGUUCAGAAAAAUGAAUAGAGGUAGCCAGUCGGUCACUACUAUUAACUCCGGAAGUAGUAGCUCAUCUGGACCAGGAAAUGAUGAUUCUUCUCUUAGACCUAACUUGCCUGCCUGGGAAAUCUUAGAAGCCGUCCCUUUUGCGGUUGAUGCUGCUUUAACAGCUUGUGCUCAUGGAAGACUUUAUCCUCGUGAACUCGCCACAGGGCUGAAAAACUUAGCAGAUUUUCUCCCUGCAUGUUUGGCAACCAUUGUUAGUUACUUCUCAGCUGAAGUAAGUCGAGGUGUUUGGAAACCGGCAUUCAUGAAUGGCACAGAUUGGCCAAGUCCUGCAGCAAGUUUGUCCAAUGUUGAAGACAAGAUCAAGAAAAUCUUAGCAGCUACUGGCGUCGAUAUUCCUAGCCUUGCAGCAGGGGAAAGCUCACCCGCAGCAACUCUUCCACUGCCUCUAGCAGCUUUUGCCAGCCUCACCAUCACUUACAAAAUCGACAAAACCUCAGAAAGAUUCCUCAAUUUGGCUGGUCCAGCACUAGAAUCUCUGGCAGCAGGGUGCCCCUGGCCAUGCAUGCCAAUCGUGGCUUCCUUAUGGACCCAGAAGGCCAAACGAUGGUUUGAUUUUCUUGUAUUCUCAGCAUCACGAACGGUGUUCCUCCAUAGCAAUGAUGCAGUUUUCCAGCUCCUCAAAAGCUGCUUUGCUGCUACGCUCAGCGGUGCAUCCAUCUCAAGCAAUGGUGGAGUUGGAGCACUUCUUGGUCAUGGCUUUGGCUCUCAUUUCUGUGGUGGCAUAUCCCCAGUAGCUCCAGGAAUCCUCUACUUGAGAGUCUACCAUUCGAUCAGAGACAUUGAGUUCAUCACAGAAGAGAUCAUCUCUCUCAUGAUGCACUCCGUGACACAAGUUGCAUGCACCGGGCUUCCAAAAGAGACAUUAGGGAAGCUGAAGAGGACCAGAAAUGGACUUCAGUGUGGCCAAGUGUCACUUGCUGCAGCAAUGACAAGAGUCAAACUUGCAGCUUCACUUGGAGCAUCUCUAGUUUGUUUAUCUGGUGGGCUAGGGUUGGUUCAACUACUGUUCAAAGAGACCUUGCCCUCUUGGUUUAUUUCUAGUUAUCGCUCCGAACAGGGAGAAGAAGAUGGCGGCAGCCUUGGAGGGAUGGUUGCUAUGCUGAGAGGGUAUGCACUAGCGUAUUUCGCUGUGCUCUGUGGAGCUUUUGCUUGGGGGAUAGAUAACUCAUGCUUGGCUUCCAAGAGGCGCCCUAAAGUCCUGAGGGCUCACAUGGAGUUUCUGGCUAGUGCCCUUGAUGGCAAAAUCUCUCUUGGCUGUGACAGUGCAACUUGGAAGUCGUAUGUGUCGGGUUUCGUGAGCCUGAUGGUGGGGUGCACACCUCCAUGGGUGCUUGACUUGGAGCCCAAUGUUCUAAUACGACUUAGCAAAGGUUUGAGACAGUGGAAUGAAGAGGAACUUGCUCUAGCUUUGCUUGGCUCUGGUGGGGUGAACACCAUGGGUACUGCUGCUGAAUUGAUAUCUGAAAUGCAAUAAUUUUCUAUUAUUUUUCUCCAUUUUUCUUUUGAGUAACCUUCGUGCCAGUAGCCCGUUAUUUUCCUUUUUUAACAUGUCUUGCUGUAGGCAGUAAAUCUUUAUAGGUUUCAUAGCAAAUUUAACAUAAGACAUGCUGUAGUCAGGAAUUUUGCACAGUAAUCUUUGUACAGUCUUAGGUAUGAGAUUUUGUUCAAAUACAAGUCCAAUCGAGCAACAAUGUUUUGGUGUUUGGUUCGGUAUUUGUUUUGGUGCAUUUGUAUAAUUGUAUUGCAAAUUUCCAAUGAGAUGUAUUUGAAACCAAUAUAGUUUAGUUCAGUGC